AUGGAACUUACACAGAUUCUAAUCAUAGCAGCCGUAGGUAUAGCUUUAGUAGCCUCCAUUAUAUUACGGCAAACUAGAAGUUAUGUAAAGCAGCUGGAGCAGCUGGACCCCAAAAAGAAGCAACCCCGCGAGUUUGGCAUCUACACCCUGGAGCAGGUUGCCAAACACAACAAGCGGGAUGAUGCCUGGAUCAUCGUCCAGCACAAGGAAACGAAGGAAUACCGCGUGUACGACAUCACAGAUUACGUGGACGAGCAUCCUGGCGGCGAAUCCAUUUUAAACAACAUUGGCGGUGACGCCACGGAGGGAUUCCACGGGCCGCAGCACCCGAUUACCACCUACGUGCUCGUGGAGGAGUACUGCAUCGGCAAGCUGGCUGAGGGGGAGAUGCCGUCCCCGCCCGGGGAACCCGGCGCAACGGGGGGCCAGAAACCGUAGGAAGCUGGCAGGGACAUAGAAAGCCACGGACUCUGACGGACACAUGAUGGGCAGUGGGGGGUCAUGGGUGAGCGACGAGGGACAAGGGAUAAGGAGGCAGGAUAACUAGACGUAGAAGAUCUUAAGAUUAUCUUAGAUUCUCUUUCGGCGUAUAGGACCUUAGGGUUUUAUGGAAGAAGCAACGGGCCUGGAUUCUAGCUGAGGCCGAGAGACCUCUAACCAAAAGGAGCCCCCAUGGCCUAAUGGAUAUUGAGCAUGACCAGGCAUAAUUUAGGCGAUGAUUCAAUUCCACUGCGGCUGUUGAUGUUGGUGAGGAGGAUAACGACGAUGACAGCGGAGGAGAACUUAUGCCAGUUCUGGUGAUCAGGCCCUCAGGUAGAGGGCCACACCGAUUAGACAAGUAUAUCCCGGACUGGCCUGCUCCGGAAGCUGGGCCAGCCGCAGGUCUUACACGAGUGCGGAUUUGGUUAAUAAAAGUACUGUUGGAGGUGUGACCUGUCGGUUAUUUCCGGGGCAGGGUGGAAGAAAGAUGUGAACAGCGUUCUGGCGUACUGCGUGCACUGGGAAUCGGCGUUGGGAGUUGGCGGUAAAUCACCCUUUACACCUUCGGGAAUGCCUUGCUAGUACGCUUCUGGAUCUAUCUCUAUUCGACCUCUAACUAGGGAAAAAAUGGCGGCUCCUCGUGAACAAGGGGGUAAGAAGUGAUGCGUCCCUUGCCCGGCGUGUAAGGUGAAGUACCUCGG